GUUAAGAAAAAUUAACUUAUUAAAAAACAAUUUUUUUUAUUGCCCAACUGACCUGUCCGCUGACUCAGUGACUCGGCCAACUGAAAUGAAUAAAUGAAACGCGACGUUUUGUAACCUCUUCGCGCAAUCACGUCAUCUUCCCGCCUUUCGUACAUCAAUCUCCACCGUCCAUCACUGCAGCAGGCCCCACGUACUCUCAAUCAGGACUCGCCACGUGGACGACGUACAAUUUUAUAAUAAUUGUCCGUUAUUAAUUAUGUGGACCGUAACGUACUAAAAUGGCCGGGUCGGACAGGUAAGCAUCGUUUUCUUCCCCUAUUUAAUUUUUGCGCGCUUUUAAGACCCAAUUUUUUUUUUUCCUUUUCCCUUUCUCUCUCUCCGUUCUCAUUUUCGUCUUUUUUUUUUUUGGUGAGACUUUUUCGAUUUUUUUCCCCCUUCCGUCUCGGCCAUGUCGACGGUGGCGGAGAUGGAACCCCUGACGUCCGGUGCGAGCAAUCGCAUCAUCCCGAUCCUCAGAGUCCUGAGGAGAUGUCUCAUUUUCGUGCAAUCGAUCUUCCUCGCCAUCCUCAUCUUCCUCUUCCCGCGCCGCCGACCUUCUCCGUCUACGUCGGCGGAUUCGUCCUCCUCCGCCAAUUCGUCUAAGCGGCGAUCCAUGUGGAGGCUGGAGGAGGAGGACACCUUGCGGAGGAGAGCCCUUGCCGAGGUCAUCGACAUGACCGUCGACGGUGACACUCGGUGCCGGUGGAGCACCUCGUUGUUCUUCGGCGUGAAACGGAACGCUCUGUUCUGCCGCUCCUGGUUCCCGCUUCACGACGAUUUGAAGGGAAUUUUGGUCAUCAUCCAUGGACUUAAUGAACACGGUGGAAGGUAUGCUCACUUUGCGAAGCAGCUAACCUCGUCGAACUUUGGAGUCUAUGCUAUGGACUGGAUAGGUCACGGUGGGAGCGAUGGGUUGCACGGAUACGUUCCUUCUCUCGACCAUGUUGUUGCAGAUACUGGGGCUUUCUUGGAGAAGAUAAAGUCUGAGAACCCUGGAGUACCGUGCUUCCUUUUUGGUCACUCAACAGGAGGAGCUGUGGUUUUGAAGGCAGCAUCAUAUCCUCGCAUUCAAGAGAUGGUGGAAGGGAUUGUGCUAACCUCGCCUGCUUUGCGUGUUAAGCCUUCUCAUCCAAUCGUUGCGGCUGUGGCUCCCAUUGUUUCUCUGGUCGCCCCGAGGUUCCAGUUCAAAGGAGCCAACAAGAGGGGCAUCCCAGUCUCGAGGGACCCUGCAGCACUCUUGGCCAAGUACUCCGAUCCAUUGGUCUACACCGGCCCCAUACGAGUCCGAACGGGCCACGAGAUACUGCGCAUCUCGUCCUACCUGAUGCGCAACAUAAAAUCCGUCACGGUUCCAUUCUUCGUUCUCCAUGGCACGGCUGACAGGGUCACCGAUCCUCUAGCGUCUCAGGAUCUGUACAACGAAGCCGCCUCCAAGUUCAAAGACAUCAGGCUGUACGAAGGGUUCCUGCACGACCUCCUCUUCGAACCGGAGAGGGAGGAGAUCGCGCAGGAGAUCAUCGACUGGAUGGAAACGAAGCUAGCUGCUGGUUUCUGAAAGAAAAUAAGUGUGUUUAUAGACUUCGGGUAGACUUUUAGUUUGCAGACGGUGGAGCAGCGCCAAACAGCUGCUAUCCUACUGAGAUUUAGGAGCACUCAUGCUGUAAAUUUUUUUUUUAUCCUACAGUCAUAAUAAUUUUCUUUUUAGCUUCCACACUAUGAUAGUUGUAUACGUAUAAACUAGCAGCAAAACU